UUGGGAAGGAAAAAGAGUGACGGACAGGAAGUGACAGAGAAAACCGAAUGUUAGCGUUAGUUGUGGCGCGAGUUACGGCCGCGACAAUAUCCCUUGUAGGAAUUGUUGCUUUUUGGACCUUAAUAAAAAAAACGUCUGCUGUUCCACCUAUCUGGUGUGGUGUUUGGCUGAGCGCAGAGUGUUACAAUAUCCUACAAACCGUAAGAUUACAAAAAUAAGGUUACAUUUUGCCAUUCUCGCGAUAACAUACAACGAGAAAAAAAUUGAGUGAAGCCCGCCAUCAAAGUAUCCUGACAAUGCCCGAUUGUAGCGUUUAAACGGACAACCACGACAAGCUUCAUGUUGUAGUAAAGCGCCACUACUUAAGGACGACAUAAAAUUUGAUAUUUUGCUUUGUGAAUUGGCAUAAAAUCGAGGAAUAUCCGCGCUGCUUCCAUUUGUGCUGUCAAGUCUCGAAGCGGUUCUCAAUACUACUGCUCAUCUCACUGUCGCCGAUGUCCUCUGAAGCAGACAUUACUGAGACAACAAUGACGGCAAAUGACAGAUGGAGGCUGAAUCACGUCAACGGGGAUCUGUUCUCGUGUCCUAAGGACGAGGCUCUGGCCCACUGCAUCAGCGAGGACUGCCGCAUGGGGGCAGGCAUUGCAGUGCUAUUCAAGAAUAAGUUUAAGGGACUCGAAGAGCUAAAGGGACAGAAAAAGCAGGUGGGACAGUGUGCAGUACUGAAGAGAGCUGAACGUUUUGUGUAUUACCUGAUCACAAAGAAGAAGGCGAGCCACAAGCCAACCUACGACAGCCUGAAACAGAGCUUGGAGGACAUGAAAGUACACUGUAUUGAAAAUGGAGUCACACGGAUUUCGAUGCCACGUAUCGGCUGUGGCCUGGAUCGAUUGAAGUGGGAAAGAGUUUCAGAGAUGUUAGAAGAGAUUUUUGAAUCUACGGACAUCUCCAUCACCGUCUACAGCCUUCCUGUGAAAGAUGAAACCAUGGUGGUGAAGGAACACAAAUGAUUAUUGGAAAUGUGGAUUAGUUGCCUUAGUUGGUUUGUCCACAACUGUUUGAGUUAAUCCAGUAUCUGGCUUUGACACUUAUAUGUUUUCGUUGAAUAAAAUACAAUAAACUCAAACUAUUUUUUUGCAUAAUCAGACCUAAUGAGAUCUUUUGGGGUGG